AUGAAAAUACUUAGCACGAAAAGGCGAUUUAUUGGCUGUUUGCGUAUUUAGUUUCUCCUUUUUUUUUUUUCUUAACUUGAACAAGAAAUGCAAAAUCAAGUAAAUUCAAUUCCUCUCGUGGACACCAAUUCUUUACGUUCAGCGCAAUAUGCUGCCAUUGUAAACAUGCUUAAUCUGAAUUCACCAUUGAAUCAAACUGAAAACAAUCCAGAAAAUAUAGUCUGGAAAGUUUUAAUCUUUGAUAAGCUAGGACAAAAUGUUAUUUCAUCAAUUAUGCGUGUUAGUGAUCUUCGUGAAAAUGGAGUAACAGUUCACAUGCUUUUAUCACAGGAUAGAUCUCCAUUACCUGAUGUACCUGCUGUAUACUUUGUUGAACCUACUUUGGAAAAUGUCAAAAAAAUUUGUGAAGAUUUAAAUCGUAAUUUAUACGAUUCAUAUUACAUUAAUUUUUGUUCAACUGUACCUCGUCCUAUUUUAGAAGAAUUUGCAACCAAGACGAUUGCUGAUAAUACCUCUGAUAUGGUGACUCAAGUUUAUGACCAAUAUCUUAACUUUAUCUGUACAAAUCCCAAUGUGUUUUCCCUUAAUCAACCAGAUGCAUUUAUUAAUUUAAAUAACCCAGCUGCUACUGAAAAGAUGAUUGAAGAAACAAUCGAUAAAACUGUUAAUGCUCUUUUUUCGGCUAUUAUCACUAUGGGUGUAAUUCCUGUCAUUCGUUGCCCUCGAGGUAAUGCAGCUGAAAGUAUAGCAACUAAGCUCGAUAGUAAACUACGUGAUCACGUUCUGAGCAGAACAGAUACUACAAGUUUACAACGUCCUGUUUUGAUUUUGUUGGAUCGAAGUAUGGAUUUAACUCCCAUGUUGAGUCAUUCAUGGACCUAUGAAGCACUCAUUCAUGAUGUUCUGGAUAUGAAGCUUAACCGUAUUACCAUUGUAGAACCUAAUAACAAAAAGAAAAGUUAUGAUUUAGACGCUAAAGAUUUCUUCUGGACAAAGAAUGCGUCUAGUCCUUUCCCUCAAGUAGCAGAAGAUAUUGAUAUUGAGUUAAAUAAGUAUAAAAAAGAUGCGGCUGAAAUUACGAAUAUGAGUGGUGUAUCAUCCUUGGAACAGGUUGAUAUGUCAUCAAACACAAAAUUAUUAAAAUCAGCUAUCAAUGCCUUGCCUGAAUUAACAGCUAGAAAAGCUACUUUAGAUAUGCAUAUGAAUGUAGCUACUACGUUAUUAGGAGCUAUCAAGGAUCGACAAUUAGAUACAUUUUUCCAACUCGAAGAAAAUGUGACAAGACAAACAAAGAACACAUUGUUGGAAGCCAUUUGUGAUGGCGAAAAGAAAGACCCUGAAGAUAAAAUGAGGUUAUUUUUAAUUUAUUAUCUUUCUACAGUCGAAGAAGUUCCAAAAGAAGAUAUGGAAGCGUAUGAAAAGGCACUUGCUGAAGCUGGAUGUGAUAUGGAGCCAUUAAAUUACAUUAAAAAAGUACGUGCUUUAAUGCGUAUGACAUCGAUGAUUUCAUCACCUGCUCAACCAUAUACAGCUGGAUUUAAUCAAACUGAUUUAUUCCGUGGCUUCAGUAGUAUAAGUAAUAAGUUGUCUGAUAGGUUAAAGGAAGGUGGAUUAGGUGGUGGAUUUGAAAAUUUAUUAUCAGGAGUGAAGAACUUGCUACCCGCACGAAAGGAGCUUGUAGUCAGUAAAAUUGUUUCUGAUAUUAUGUCACCAUCACAAAAUAGUGAAGCCAAUGAUUAUCUUUACUUUGAUCCUAAAGUCAAUAAGAAUUCAAAGUCUUCUUCUUCUUUGCGUCAACAUAAAAUUAGCUUUCAAGAGGCUAUUGUAUUUGUUGUAGGUGGUGGCAAUUAUGUUGAAUAUCAAAAUUUGCAAGAGCUUGCUACACAAAAUAAUUCAAAGAGAAAAAUUACUUAUGGUUCUACUGAAAUUUUAUCUCCACAUGAGUUUUUAAAUCAAUUAGCUACUCUUGGAAAAUUAGCAUAAAUAAAUAUCACGUGACUUUAUAAAAAUAGAUAAAAAAAAAGAAAAAGAAUAUUAUGGCCUAUUUUUUUAUAUUUUAUUCUUUAAUUAUAAUAAUAAAUGUAUUUUCCC